AUGGAAGGACGAGGGGAGAAAAGGCCACGUAUGAAAUGGACACCGGAUCUUGAUGAAAAAUUCAAUGAAGUUGUCCACUACUUAGGAGAUAAAGCCACUCCCACACCCAUCAUGCAGUCAAUGAAUCAGCCCCAGUUGACUCGCAAACAGGUUGAGAACCGUCUGCAGAAAUAUAGAGUAAGAAAACGACAAGCUCAACUAGUUGAACCUGCCUAUUCUUCUAUAGUUAACCAAUCUAAAAUCACCUCGCAAACACCACAUUCUGUAGUUCCAAGAAAUCAUUUUAAUGUAAUCAAUUCAAGUGAUUUCCAAAUGAACUUCAACAAACCAUACUUACCUAUAUCACAUACAGUACCUUCUUUAGUUCCACCAAAUGAUUUUUUUAUAGGGUUGGAUGACUUGAUCCAAAAUCUUGAACUGGAUCUCAAUUACAAAACAAUAGAAAAUCCGAUUAACACUUAUUUCAAUAUGGAUCAUGAAAAUCAUUCAGAUGUAUUGAAAGAAAAGGAGUUCACUAUGAACUUCAACACAUCAAUUCAAGAAGCAUAUUUACCUCAACCACCUGUCGUUCCACCGAAUGAUCUAUUCAAAAGGUUGAAAGAUCCCUUGAGUAGCAGCUCAAUUCAAGAUAAUAUCUCUAUAAGGAACCAGAAUUCUUGA